UUUCACAAUGUCUAUAUACCCAAUUUCCACCUCAUACCCUCAAGAUCGGCAAAAGAUGAGCCAAUUGUGAAAGAACCGUCGACUGAAAGAGUCAAUGCAUUGGACGCAAAGACAUCGAUAGAGCACGAAAAAAAAAUCAUAUUUCAGUGGAUGAAUAAAGCUGAUUUAACAAUUUUUGCAUAUAAAACCCUGGGUUAUUAGACACGUCCACAUCAAUCGACGGAAAAGUGUGAUUUUGGUGGAAAUUUGUGCAGAGCAAUGACUUCUGGAAAUUAUCUUCUGUGGAUCAGUGGAUUGUGCGUUUUGUGCUGUGCGUGGGGAUAUCCUCUCAGCGAUGCUGAUUAUGAUCUCUCCAGCCAAAUUGAGACAGAGUACGGUGAUCUAGCCAGAGAUGAUGUGGAAGUAACUCGUGAGAAAAAAUCCUAUUCAACCCCAACGACUGUCUGUGUGGAGAUUAAUCCCCAAACACCCUAUGAGAGAUCGUAUAUGAUGUGCAAAGACAAGAGGAAUUAUCACGCAGAACCACAUCGUGGACACUACCAUUCCUAUUUGGGAGCUCCGCAGCAUUUCCGGGCCGGAAGUGGACCUCAGAGGCCAAAAGGAUACCUAUCGCCUCACAACAUGAAGGGUGAUCGCGAUGAUCAUCGCCAAAAUGCUCCACAUGCAUUGCCAGUUCAGCCUCUUCAUCUUCAGGACAAUUCUCAAGGAAACUUUAAUAAGCAUCCCAACAGGUUCAGGACAUUUGAUGACUCUUCUGAAGCACAGAAUAAUUUCCAGGUGGGAUCAUACCAUCGCUUUGGAGAUGACUAUGAGAAUGGACACCAGGAUCAUUAUGAGGGCGGAAGCUAUAGUGAUGGAAUCUAUCUUCAUCACUAUCAUGUGCCCAAUAAGCAUCCUUAUGGAGCAGGAUAUGGAGGUGGAGAUCACUAUGAGGAGGAAAAUUAUCACCAUUCUGGACCAACUUACUAUGAUAAUGGAAAUGAUUUUGGGCAUGGUCAUUCCGGUCAUGGUCACUCAUAUGAUGGGUAUUCUCAUGAUAACUACGUGGGUCCUAAAUACACUUAUGUGCAUGUUAGGCCAGGGAACGGUGCUGAAGGUCAUAGCCAUUAUAAUGCACCAGCCCCAGUUGACCAUUACUCGGGACCUGCUCAUUAUUCAUCAGCCCCUGUUCACCAAUCUUCUGGCCCUGUACAUCACUCCCCAGUUCCUGUUCAUCAACCUUCAGGCCCUGUUCAUCAUUCUACAGUCCCUGUUCAUCAUUCUCCAGUUCCGGCUUAUCAUUCUUCAGGCCCUGUUUAUCACACUCCGGCUCCAGUUCAUUAUGCUUCACCUCCAGUUUACUAUCCUCCAGCUCCAGUUUAUUAUCCACCGGCUCCAGUCUACCAUACUCCAGCUCCGGUAUAUCAUGUGCCCGAAACUCAUCAAUCUCCUGCGCCUGUCUACUAUGAGCCUUAUCCUGCUCCAGCUGCUCCCUAUUACGGCUCUUGUGGACACGGAUGCGGUGGAGGAUCUGGCUAUUCCUAUGGAUCUUCAGCACAUUCCUGUGGGCACAACUAUCUCCUUAGCUGCACUCCCAAUGUAUCCCCAGUUGGAUGCAACCAGCAUAAAUCUUCUGACACUAUCACCGCCCCGAAUCCCAAUUCAAGCGACAAAGAUGAUGACAGGAAUAAUAAAUCUCCAGGAUCAUCUGUUGUAGUUCAGCCGGCACACUUGAGUGGAGAUCAUCCAUCGACAACUACUCCUUCAGCUCCAGUGGUUGGAGCACCGCAGAACGACAACAAUACUCCAUCUGACAAGGAUCAGCAAAAGCCACCAACUGCCAACAAGAAACAGGAGACAAUGGCCAAGCUCAUUGACAUGAUGAACAACUCUUCGCCGCAAGGAAACAAAAAUCAAAAUUCUAGAUCAGCAGAAUCAGCCCAGAAUUUCCGUGCUACAUAUGUUGCAAAAAGCCCCAAUAAUUAAGCUUGUUCUAGUAGACUUGAAUAAAAUAGAAAAAAAUAUUGAA